AUGGCGCAGUACUUCUUCGACCUUCUUUACAACUUCACAGAUUGCAUGUGCUGUUUCCCAGGCACUCCACAGCUAAAGAUCAAUAACCGCAGCUUCAAACUGCUGCGAUUGCUGGGUGAGGGCGGUUUCUCCUAUGUAUACCUCGUCCAAGAUAAAAACUCCUCUGAGCUGUUUGCGCUCAAAAAGAUCCGCUGUCCGUUUGGCCAAGAAUCCGUAUCACAGGCCCUGAAGGAAGUGGAAGCCUACAACCUGUUUACCUCUACCGAAAAUAUCAUCCAUUCAAUCGACCAUUGCGUUUCAACAGAGUCCGGGUCCAAGUUCCGUUCUGAUGGCGGCGAUCCCGGCUCGAAGACCGUCUACAUCCUGCUGCCUUACUACCAACGAGGGAACCUGCAGGAUGCGAUCAAUGCAAACUUAGUCAACCAUACCCGGUUUCCCGAGAAGCAGUUGAUGACGCUGAUGCUGGGCAUCGCAAACGCGCUCAAAUCCAUGCACCAGUAUCGGGUGAAGAAUGGCGCCGGGUCUACCCGCAAGGCAGAGGGCGUGCGGAGAGAGGGUGAGCAGGCCGACGAGGAACGAACGAUGCAAAUGAAGCCGAAGCGGCGUGCCAGCCAUCGUCAGGAGGAGGAGGACGAGGAGAACGAGCCAUUGAUGGAUGACGAGGUAACCCGCAGUCAGGAGGGUGUCCAGGAUGGUGAUCUGCGCCCUUAUGCGCACCGCGACAUCAAGCCAGGCAAUAUCAUGAUUGAUGACGAUGGCCGAACACCCAUCUUGAUGGACCUCGGCUCCCUCGCACCCAGUCCAAUUGCCAUCACCUCUCGCUCACUUGCCCUGGCUGUCCAAGAUACGGCGGCAGAACACAGCACGAUGCCCUAUCGCGCCCCAGAGCUCUUCGACGUCAAAACCGGAUCGAUCAUUGACACCAAAGUCGAUAUCUGGUCACUGGGCUGCACCCUGUACGCCUGUUUGGUCGGCAAGAGCCCCUUUGAAGCUCGCAGCGACGAGACCGGCGGAAGUCUGAGCAUGUGUGUGCUGGGUGGCGACUGGCGCUUCCCCGAUGAGAAAUCCACGGCCACCAAGGGCAAGGGUAAAGGGGCCGCUACUGAGAGCGACGACUCUUCCAGCAGUAAUGCGAACUCGAUCAGCGCUCCCGUGAAGGAAGUUGUUCGCAAAUGUCUCCAGGUGGAAUCUUCCGAGCGCCCGGAUAUUGACGAGCUAAUUCAGAUUCUCAAGGAUGUCAUCAACGAGUUACCGGAUGACGAUGGCAUUGCAGGAGCCUCUCGCUAG